AUGACACAAGCUGUUCUGGGAGUGGUCAACACUGUGACAGCCGUUUCGGUAAUCACAGCAAUUCUUUUAUCUGUUGCAAUUCUAGUUGAUAUCAACAACUUCUCCGAUGAGGUCUCUCAAGAUCUUACACAAUUCCGUGGAUACUAUGAUGAUGCGUGGAGAACCAUGAUGGUCAAUGAAGGAAUGAAGGGUUUGACUGCUCGUAUUUCCAGACAGGCUGGAUAUGCUACUGGCGGAUCACAACAGUGCAACUGCGGAUCUCAAGCUGCUGGAUGCCCAGCUGGACCACCAGGAGCCGCCGGAGAAGACGGAACUCCAGGAGAGCCAGGAACUGACGGAGAGGAUGGAGGAAACGGUAUGCCUGGAGUCGCCCAGAUGGCUAUGGAUGCUAAUGGAGGAGCUUGCAUCAAGUGCCCAGCCGGAGAGCCAGGACCACCAGGACCAGAAGGACCAGCGGGACCAGCAGGACCAGCAGGAAACGCUGGAGCUGAUGGAGAGGCCGGAGCUGAAGGACCAGCUGGAGAGGCUGGACCUCCAGGACCCCCAGGACCAGACGGAAAGCCUGGAGCUGCUGGAUCUGACGGAGAAGCCGGAGCCCCUGGAACAAAGACCACAAAUGCACCAGGAGAACCAGGACCAGCCGGACCACCAGGACCACCUGGACCAAACGGAGAGGCAGGAGCUGGAAGCGGACCAGGGCCAGAAGGACCAGCUGGACCACCAGGACCAAACGGAAAGGAUGGAGAGGCUGGAGCUCCAGGAAAAGAUGGAGAUGCUGGAGCUGAUGGUGCCCCAGGAACUGACGCUGCAUAUUGUCCAUGUCCACCAAGAUCCGCUGCUCUUGGAGCCGGUGGUGGCGCUGAGCCAGCCGGAGCCGCCCCAGAAGCUGCUGCCGCUGCCCCAGAAGCCGCACCAGAAGCCGCACCAGCCGCUGAAGGAGCCGGAGGAGGAGCUGAGCCAGCAGGAGCCGCCGCGCCCGAUGCUGCUGCUGCUGCCCCAGAAGCCGCCCCAGCUGAAGCAGCACCAGCCGCUGAAGGAGCCGGAGGAGGAGCUGAGCCAGCAGGAGCCGCGCCCGAUGCUGCUGCUGCUGCCCCAGAAGCCGCCCCAGCUGAAGCAGCACCAGCCGCCGAAGGAGCCGGAGGAGGAGCCGAGCCAGCUGGAGCCGCUGCUCCAGAUGCCGCCGCCGCCGCACCAGAAGCUGCUGCCGCCCCAGAAGCCGCACCAGCUGCCGAAGGAGCCGGAGGAGGAGCAGAGCCAGCCGGAGCUGCCCCAGAAGCCGCCGCCGCAGCCCCAGAAGGAGCCGGAGGAGGUGAAGCCCCACCAACCAACGGAAAGGGAGGAGAAGCUUCCCCAGCCUACCCAACCGGACAGAGCAGCUACUAAAUUUUAUCUAUGCAUAAUUUAUUUAUUGACUUCUUAUAAAGUUUCACGAAACUUA